UAAAAGUGCAUCAUCGUCUAUUUGGGCACCCUCCCAAUUGAUACCGUCUCAUCAUAACAUCCUACCCAUUUAAAAAUGGUGGAGCAUGUCUAUUCUUCGUCCUUCCGGAGUCGCGUUAUAUGUAUUCUCUGCUCUCAAGUCUUAACCGCCGUUUUCUGCAUUCCCAAGCAUUUCCUGCGAUCCAAACCACGAAGAAGACGAGAAUACUCCAAAGGAAGAUAACACCAGAGCUCCAUUUCUCCUUCUUAGACUUCAAUAGUUCGUCCUACUGACCUACAACUGGUGUAGAAGAUGGAAACGCUCUCAAUUACCAGUAGCAAGAAGGAAAAUUUAUGUUCUGGGUUAACUCAAAAGGAGGACAUGAUAGGGUUAACUCAUAAAAAAGAUGCCAAUUUUGAGGUUGUCGUCAAUGCUGAAAUGAUUGAGCAUUAUGACAUUUUUGGGUGUUACAUUCUACAACCGUGGACAAUGGCCAUUUGGGAAGCUAUGCAAUUUGAUGUCCAGGCACGAACAAAAGGUGAGAUGGGUGCUGCUAAGACUUUAUGUUCCCUUUUUGACCAGCCUCAGAUGGAAGAAGGUACACUCUUUUCAGAAACACACCCAAUGUUCCUUUGGUACACUAUGUUUUAUUUCUGGAAAGCCAGCGAAAAUAUGGACCUAUUGGGGCAGAAGUUAUUGAGUUACUUAACCUUGACUAGAUGGAAGUUGGAACCUAGAGGUUCUCUGCCGGAUCGAGCCUGUGGUAAUCUUUUUGAGACAGAGAGAGUAUUAUUUAAGAAUUUUAUGGAGGCUCUCUGGAUUUUAGUACAAGAGAUAAGCUAA